UUUGAUUAAAACAUCACAGUUUGUGGAUUCAUAAUUUAACAAAUUUCAUUGUGGAGAGGACUUGGGGCAUUCUGUUCAUCGCUCAGAAGGUGGAUAUUAAUCUCUUGACCAUCUAAGGCUAUAUAUAUUAAAUCCAGUGAGUAUCUCUUCUUUUAUAUAUUUUUUAACAUGGAUGGAUUAUCAGCAAUGCAGGGUGACAGUUCAGUUGAUUGUUAUUUGCACUCACUGUAUGAACAGGCGGAAAUAUGCGCAUUCGACAACAAGGACACUGAAAUCAUGCAUCAGUUCAUGAAUAGUCUUAUUAAGGACUAUGAUUUAACAAACAAAAUCAAGCUCAUGGAUUAUGGUAAGCUGUUAUCGUGAUGCCAGUGAUACCCACAGUGAUGAUAUCAACUUGAAUGCAGACUGUACUACAGAUUAUGUGUUCCUGGGACAACUACAUGAAGAUGCAGAUUCAUCGUGUGAUUCUAAUAGUGUUUCAGUGCCAGAUGAGCCGGCAUGGGUUGUCAGUGUGAAGGUAGGUGGUACAUUAGGUACAUUCAAAGUAGAAUCAGGUGCUGAAGUCACUAUGAUGUCCUUUUCUGAUUCGAAAAGAUUGCAGACCUUCCAGGUUUGUCCUCUUCAAAGACUAAACAUUAAAGCCCCGGGGUAUUGUCAAAUGUCUGGGAGUGUUUACUACUACAUUGUCCUUACCAGAUCAGCCUAAUAAAAGAUUCAAAGCCAAAAUACAUGUUGCUAAUACACAUGCAGGGAUUAACCUACUAUCUCGUUUUUUGUGUCAAUGGGACUUAUCAAGCGUCUUUGUAGCUAACUUCUGUUGCUAAGAAAUUGAGUGGUUCUG